AUGAUGCUACUUCCAAAUGUAUCGCGAGAUUUGCAGAUAGCAAUUUUCAAAGCUUACCCUAAAAAUAUAAAAUCUCGUAAUGAUUGGUUUAGUUUUCUCAAUCAUAUGGAAAGAAAAGUUAGAUCAUUGGAUCGAGAGUCAACAGCGACUAACAUACUUUUAAAUUUAUACAAAAGUGCUGUAGAUUCAUUAGAGGUGGAUUGGUCAGAUGAAAUUUAUCUUACAAUUUUUAUCAGAACAGCAGUUUUAGCAUCAUAUGAGAAUUCGGACUGCGGUCCUGCAUUUCUGAGCUUAUGUUCUAUAAAUGGACGUCGAAAUCCACAGUUGAUUGCGGCCGUAGCUUAUUAUUAUUCUAAACAAGGAGAUAAAAAUAGAGCUAAAAGUCUUUUAAACUCUACAAAAAAGUGUGUAGACAUAUGUGGGGUGGAAUUGUUGUGUAGAGCCGAAAGUAUGCUAGAUACAGACGAUGAUUUCAAAUCGUUAUUAGGACCAUUUUACUACAAACCAGACUUUUAUUUCCAAGAUAUAAAUUGUUCUCAGGCAAGUUCAAGUGAAAUUUCUUCAGUUCUGGAUUCUACUUGUCCAAAUGAUCACACAGAAGAACGUUCUCAGUCUGUGAUAGACAUCAAUUUUGAACCGGAUGGAAAUUCACCAAACUAUCCUAGUAAUUGCAAUGCAGUUGAAUCAAUACAAAUAAUUGGUCCAUCCAGGGAUUCAUAUAAUUUUUCCCGGUCCCUCAAAUUACCAGGGCUUCCAGAAGAAUUGUCAGUUACUUCAGUCACAAGUAAUCCACAUAUGGAAUCAUUACAACAGCCUGAACUAUCCACCAUCGUUGGUUCGAUCAAAUUGAAUGGAAGUUGCGAAAAGGAUAAGAAAUUGAUUUCUGUCGGUGUGCAAACUGAGCUGGUCAAUGAAAGUGAACAAUUUAUUAUUGUUAAUGGUAAAAAGUAUCAAGUAAUUAAUGAAUUGGGACGGGGAGGUUCAUCAGUGGUGUAUUGGGCUAUGGACUCCGAUUUAAAUCCAUGGGCGGUGAAAAAAGUUGAUUUGAAAAAUCUUACACAAGAAACAGUUACGUCGUAUAUAAAUGAGAUUGAAAUGCUUAAAAGUUUGAUAAAUUCCGACAGAAUUAUCCGACUAUAUGAUUAUCACUGUACAUCAGAAAAUCUCAUACUUGUUAUGGAGAAAGGAGAUUGCGAUUUGAAAAGUGUAAUUCUUAGCUUUUGGUCUGGUGGUGCAAAAAAAUCGCCUCGUUCACCAUCAGGUAUGCUUUCAUCUGGGAUUGUAUUCUACUGGGAUCAAAUGUUGCGGUGUGUGAAAGCACUUCAUGAUCGUCGUAUUGUUCACUUAGAUUUAAAACCACAAAAUUUUGUUCUAGUCUAUGGACAGUUGAAGCUUAUUGAUCUAGGGAUUAGUCGUCUGUUACCAGAUGAUUCAACAACUGUAAACCAUUGGCUAAAGUUGGGAACAUUGUCUUUCAUGAGUCCAGAACAGUUGGAAGAAGCUGCUGCUAUUCCCUCAUCCUCAUCUAGCCUAAAUCAGUCGUUUUUCUUGGGUCCUGAAGUUGAUCAAGAAAAUCGUUUUAAGGUUGUUUUUUGUUGUUUCCAAAUAAUGCAUUUAUUUCAUGGAGAUAUUUCUAUCCUCAGAGUUUACUUUUCUGAUAUAGAUUGCAUUCGUAUUCUCUUUUUCACAAUUUUAAUUUUAUAAUGAAACCUUUCAAGUUAAUAUAGAAUAUUGGAAAUUUUACUGCUGAGCUGUUGAUCAGCGAAGAAUACAAAAAUACGUGGCUCUUAGCCACAUUAUUGUGCUACUCGGUUAGUUAUAAGCAACAUAGAAUCUGAUGCAUAUGCGCAUUGCUCCAUAUUACCAUCUCAUCAACACAGUAAAGUUAAAUGAUCAAAAUAAGUACCAGUGUAGUAGUUUUUAAAGGGUUUAUACAAAAAGAAUAAACGGAUGAUUUGAUUUGCGAAGAAAGGAUAAAUUUAUGGAAUAAAACAUGUGAGAUAAAUUUUGACCACAUGAUUUGAAGAUAUACCAAAAGUUAAUAGAUCUGCGCCACUUUAAAUGAUCACCCACAGCUAUGGGAGCUAGUGGUACUACCCGUUUGUCCAGACCCAAGUAGAUGAGGUAGGGUUAGUUAUAGAAACUAGCGAACUACUACUUAUUGAACGCCAAGUGUUUUAAGUACCAGGCUGUCACCAUUCAACUCAUUUUUUAGUCGUAUCAAAGUAUUAUAUUAUCACCAUAAAAACAAAUUUUUCGUUGGUUAUAACAUUAUGGAACUGAAUGAUAAACCAAAAGAUCUCAGUAUUUCUGAAACGCAGGACAUAUUAUAUUUCAUAUUGUAUUAGUGUAAACAAAUGGUAGCAGUAAAUUACACACCACAAUCGAAAUAUUUUCAAUAAUUACCCUGCCCUUAUGUUCAUCUAAGCUCAUAAAACUCUAUCCACAGGACAGCGUACUUACUUACUCCUGUUACUCCUUAUGGAAAAGCGUAAGCUGCUCAUCAGGACUCUCCAUCCAAUUCUGUCCUGGGUAGUCCUUUCCAGUUGCUAUUGUUCCUUUUCAUGUUUGCUUCCUGUUCCAGACGUAGUGUGUUCUUUGGUCUUUUUCGUUUCCCUUCAGGAUUCCAAGUUAACGCAUAUAUUGUUGUGCAGUUUGAUGAUUUCCUCAACAUGUGUCCUAUCCACUUCCAACGUCUUUACUUAAUAUCCUCUUCUGCCGGAAGUUGAUUUGUUCUCUCUCACAGUAGGUUGUUGCUGAUGGUAUCCGACCAACAAACAUUGAGUAUCUUGCGUAGACAAUUGUUUACAAAUACUUGUACUUUGUUGAUGAUGGCUGUAGUAUUUCUCCAAGUUUCAGCUCCGUACAGUUGAACUAUCUUGACGUUCGUAUUGAAGAUUCUGACUUUGUUGUUAGCUGCCAAUUGUUUCGAGUUACAUAUGUUCUUCAACUGUAGGAAUUCUGCUCUUGUUUCGUCAGCCCUCUCAUUUACUUCUGUAUCAGAUCCUCCUUGUUUACCAAUGAAACUGCCCAGUAACACGAACGUCUUCACCUCUUCCAGAGCUCCAUCAAGUGUGACUAGGUUGAUGUUCUCCGUGUUGUAUUUGGGGAUCUUGGUUUUUUCCCUUAUGUAUGUUAAGGUUUAAGGAUUCAGAGGCUGCUGCUAUACUAGUUGUCUUCAUCUGCAUUUGUUGGUGUGUAUGGGAUAGAAGAGCUAGGUCAUCUUCAAAGAACAAAUCAUGUAGCCACAUCCAAGCUCUCCAUUGUAUUCCGUGCUUUCCCUGAGAUGCGGAGGUCUUCAUAAUCCAGUCGACCACCAGAUGAAAGGAAAAGAGAGAGAGAGAGAGUGAGCAGCCUUGUCUAACACCGAUUUUCACUUGGAAUGAGUCUGUCAGCUGUCCUCCAUGCACGACUUUGCAGUGUAGUCCGUCGUAUGAAUUUCUCAUGAUGUUGACGGUUUUCUCAGGUACACCAUAGUGUUAGAGAAGGUUCCUCUAUCCACACUGUCAAAUACUUUCUCAAAGUCAACGAAGUUGGUGUAUAGUGACGAAUUCCAUUCAAUUGAUUGUUCAACGAUGAUCCGUAGUGUUGCGAUUCGGUCUGUACACAACCGAUCCUUAGUGAAUCCGGUCUGUUGAUCUCGAAGUCGGGCGUCUACUGAACCUUUCAUCUGGCUCAACAACACUGUUGAGAGCUUUUCCUAGUACCGAUAGUAGUGCAUCUGAUUUCAGUGCUCCAGCUGGUUUAGUCAGGUUGCUGCUUUCCCACUCUUCAUUUGUCUAAUAGCCAUCCAUCGUUGGUGGAGUGAUAUCUAUAGGAAUGUCUGUGUGUGCUGCUUCAAUGUCCAGUGGGUUCAGUGAGACUGGUCUGUUCAAGAGUUCUUCAAAGUCCUCUACGCAAUUGUCCGGUUGUUCUUAAAUUUCAGUGAUUGGCUUGCCUUCUUUGUUUUUGAAUAAUCUCUCUGGUUUACAAUAUUUCUCUGUGAGCCUCUUCAUUGUUUUAUAUAAACGUUUCACAUUUCCUUCUCUUGCAGCUUUUCCCUCUGUCAUUACUAGUUCUUCGAUGUGUUUCUGCUUGUCAGCUCUAAUGCUCUUCUUCGCUUGCUUGUUUGCUUCUGUUUAUUCAGCUUGUGUCUUGACUUUCUCUGUUCUUGUUUGGCUGCUGUUAAUUGCUGUCUUCUCGUUCUUCCUUUCUUGAAUCGUGAUAUUGGUUUCAGUUAAGAUACAUUCCUUUUGAAGAUACUUGUUGCUAUGCAGUAUAAUCUGACACUUCAAAGUCAAUGCUUUGAGUAGGUCAUGUAAAGCUCUUGUUGAAAGUUAUUUUGAAUUCGUUGUUUGUCAGUAUCUCGAAGGAAGGUUGUGUUGAACUUUUUUAGUGCUGUUUCCGCAAUUGUCCAAUUAUCCUUUAGCUUCAGACACAUCUUGGCCACAACUAAGUGUUCAUCUGAAGCUAUGUCAGCUCCUCUCCUGGAUCUUGUGUCCCACAUUGUCCCUCGGAAUUUUUUGUUGAUACAAAUAUGAUCUAUCGUGUUCUCCAUAGUGCAGUACAGUGAAAUCCAUGUUGCUUUGUGUGUUCGUCUGUGUGGGAAUAUUGUGCCGCUUAUAACAAAUUUGUUGAAUGCGUAUAGAUUUGCAAAUCUCUCCCCACUUUCGUUUCUCUCCUUCAGUCCAUGUCGUCUCAUGAUAUCUUGAUAUCCAGUGUUGUCCAUUCCGGCUUUGGAGUUUAUAUCUCCCCUCAGGAUGGUGAAGUCGUUUUUCGGGCACUUAGCUAUGAUUGAUUGCGGCCACUCAUAGAACUGAUCCUUAUUGUCGUUGCUACCAUCAUUGGUGGUUGUAUAAUACUGGAUGACAUUCAUCAUGAUUCCCUCCGUUGUUUUAAACGAUACUUUGAUGAUUCUGGUUCCGUAAGAUUCUCGUCCCACAAAUGCUCUACGUGCUU